UUCGGGAUACCAGUGUUCUAUCCCUCAAGGAAGCAACAAGAUAACUUUUUUCCCCUCCCCUGGCAGCAGAGUGUGGAAACCGUCAUGACGACCCUCGUGGAUGCCAUGCAUGGCUAUGGGGUGCACACCACCGAGUACCUGCAGACCAACUACAAGGACGCCCAGGGAUUGUUCCUGUGGGUGUCCUUCGCCGUGGACCUGAGGAACACCUUCUUCGUCUUCUUCCCUCUCUGGUUCCACCUCAGAGAGUCCGUCGGCAUCAAACUCAUCUGGGUAGCUGUCAUCGGAGAUUGGCUUAACUUGGUCUUCAAAUGGAUUCUGUUUGGAGAGCGGCCGUACUGGUGGGUGCAUGAGACGAGCUACUUCAGCGCCGACACAAAGCCACACAUCGAGCAGUACCCCAUGACCUGUGAGACCGGCCCAGGAAGUCCAUCAGGUCAUGCCAUGGGAGCAGCUGGAGUCUACUACGCCAUGGUCACCUCUAUCCUCGCCUUCAUGCUCAACAAGAAGAGGAAGAGAUCAUCCACCAAGGGCAUGUACCUGCGUGGGGCGCUGUGGACCUUCUUCUGGGCCGUGCAGGUGUGCGUGUGCCUCUCCAGGGUCUUCAUCGCCGCUCACUUCCCUCACCAAGUCGUGGCUGGAGUCUUCACAGGCAUUGCUGUGGCUGAGGCCUUUAACCGCGUGCAGUGGAUCUACAGCGCCAGCCUGAAGAAGUACUUUGGCAUCACACUUUUCCUCACCUCCUUCGCCGUGGGCUUCUACCUGCUGCUGAGGGCCCUGGGUGUGGACCUGCUGUGGACCCUGGAAAAGGCCCAGCACUGGUGUGUCAACCCUGCCUGGGUGCACAUGGACAGCACGCCCUUCGCCGGCCUCAUGCGCAACAUGGGCACCUUUUUCGGCCUGGGUCUGGGCCUGCACUCGCCCCUCUACACCGAGGCCAAGAAGAACAGUGGCACCACCUACAGGGCCGGAUGUAUCAUUGCAUCCCUGCUCCUGCUGCAUCUGUUUGACUCCAUCAAGCCCCCAACCCACACAGCCGCCCUCUACUACCUGCUCUCCUUCUGCAAGAGCGCCACCGUUCCCCUGGCAACCGUCAGCAUCAUCCCUUACUGUGUCUCGGGGCUGAUGAGCAUGCAGAGCAAGAAGCAGCUCUAAGCUCUAUGGGAAACCAUGGCAACAAGGGACUGCUCCAGAUCACAUUGUCAAGGCAGUGUUCACCGGUGCUUCACAUUUACAUUUACAUUUAGCAGACGCUUUUAUCCAAAGCAACGUACAAGGGACAGAAUACUUCACAUUCCAUAUACAUCAUAUCCAGAACGUUAAACAAAACAGCUAUAUAUAUUAAGAAAUAUGUAUUUAUUAAACAACUUUUUUCUCUAAACAUACAGUGACUGUUAAGGAUAAUGGCUGAGGGCAUUAAGAUAGCUCUUGCUAAAGAAUGUACUGUUGAAGCCAAAGCAGGCUAUUGAAGGACUAUUUUAAGUCCAGUAGAUGAUUUCACGUAAUUAGAUUACAUGUGUUCAUUUUAGUGUUUUAUUGUACAAUGAUGGGUUUGGCAUCUAAGCCCAACAUUUUAAAUGUAAAAGAUCAAUAUGGAAGGUUAAUAUUUUUUGUAAAUGCUGUUUCUGUAAAAUUAUAUUUUUGAAAUCCCUUCAGGCUAUUUGUAAUAAAAUAUUUUUAAAUACUAA